CCUCACUUCCUCGGCAGCUGCCAUUGCUGUGCUGAAUGAGGAAAAAGAGAGAGAGAAAGAGAGAGUGGUAAAGAACGAAAGAGAGAGAGAGAGAGAGAGAGAGGAGGCAGGGACAGGGACCGGAACGGCUCAAGAAAGAAGAAAACGGUAGCUGCCUCUGGAGGAAAUAACUGUGAAGGGACCUCAUAGCAGGAGGAAGCGAGCUAGGAGGCAGGUAGCAGAUAGGCAGUGGUGCUAUGGCUCAGUCGGCUGCUAACGGUGUGGACCAGGAUCUGGCCAGCAAGAGGCUGCAUUCAAGGAUGGAAGCCUCUUGCUUAGAGUUGGCCUUGGAAGGAGAGCGGCUGUGCAAGGCUGGAGACUUCAAAGGGGGGACAGCGUUUUUUGAGGCAGCCGUGCAGGUUGGCACGGAAGACCUGAAGACCCUCAGUGCCAUCUACAGCCAGCUGGGCAAUGCCUACUUUUACCUCAAAGAGUACGGCAAAGCCCUGGAGUACCAUAAACAUGACCUUACCCUGGCCAGAACAAUAGGAGACAGAAUUGGAGAGGGAAAAGCCAGCGGGAACCUCGGUAACACAUUAAAAGUGUUGGGGCGCUUUGACGAGGCGGUUGUGUGCUGUCAAAGACAUCUGGAUAUUUCUCAAGAGCAGGGUGACAAGGUUGGAGAGGCCAGAGCACUGUAUAACAUAGGCAACGUGUUUCACGCGAAGGGGAAACAGCAGUUAUGGGGCUGCACCCAGGAACCAGGAGACCUGCCUCCUGAUGUCCGAGACACACUGCAAAGGGCUACUGGCUUUUACGAGAUGAACCUGUGUCUGGUCAAAGAACUUGGAGACCGAGCUGCUCAGGGGAGAGCCUACGGGAACCUGGGCAACACCCACUAUCUGCUGGGAAACUUUGUGGAAGCGAUCAAGUUCCACCGUCAGCGGUUGUCCAUCGCCAAAGAAUUUGGGGACAAAGCAGCAGAGCGGCGUGCCUACAGUAACCUUGGCAAUGCCCUGAUAUUCCUGGGCCAGUUCAACACAGCCACAGAGUACUACAGGAAAACCUUGCAACUAUCCAGGCAACUUAGGGACCAGGUGAUGGAGGCUCAGGCCUGUUACAGCCUGGGAAACACCUACACUCUUUUGCAGCAGUAUGAGAGGGCCAUCGACUAUCACCUGAAACACCUGUACAUCGCCCAGGAGCUUACUGAUAGGGUUGGUGAGGGCCGUGCUUGCUGGAGUCUAGGAAAUGCAUACGUUUCUUUAGGGAACCACAAACAAGCUCUCCAUUACGCCCGAAAGCACCUGGACAUCUCUAAAGAAAUUGGAGAUAGGAAUGGGGAACUGACAGCCAGAAUGAAUGUGGAGCAGCUGAUGGAGGCUCUUGGUGUCAAUGAAAGUGACCUUUCACCCUCAAGUUCAGAGUUUGAGAUGCAAGGAGCAAGACCCAAAUUCACCAAGAGAAACAGCAUGGACAGUGUAGAACUGUGGAAGUACUCUUCAGAUAAGAAUGGUGAGAACCAAGACUUGGAAAGUAUACCCAGGAGAUCCAAGAGUCAGCUGUCGCAGCCAGGUAAACGGAAAGGCUAUCCUGACAGUCAGUCAUCGGAUGAAAGGCCGUGGUUGGACUCUCCUGUAGACACUGAUGACAUCACUGUGCAAGUCCCGCCUCCAGUGCCAAAGCUGGGCCGUGACCCCUCCGAUGAAGACUGCUUCUUUGACCUCCUCAGCAAGUUCCAGAGCAGCCGCAUGGAUGACCAGCGCUGCCAUCUUGAUGAGCCACAGAACGGAGACAACGGAGAAGGUGCUGCGAACUCCGUGCCGUCCCUGAAUGAGAUGAUAGAUCCUGCAAUUACCACUUCCCCCCAGACAGAGGAGCUGUUUGAUUUGAUUGCUAGCUCUCAGAGCCGCCGUCUCGAUGACCAGCGCGUUAAUGUUGGUAAUCUACCAGGCCUGAGGAUUACCCACAACAACCUGGGACACCUGGUGGGUGAGGGAGACCAUCAAGAGCCAAGUGAUGACUUCUUCAACAUGCUUAUCAAGUGCCAGUCCUCCAGGAUUGAUGAUCAGCGGUGCUCCCCGCCAGAAGCCGGCCCCCACGCCCCCACAGUGCCUGAUGAAGACUUCUUCAGUCUAAUCCAGAGGGUGCAGGCUAAGCGUAUGGAUGAGCAGCGCGUCCAGCUGCCCACAGAGGACGAGGACAGCCCUCAGUCCCCCGAUCCAGAGCCACCCGGCGGAUUUUCCAGCUAGGACUCGGUGAAUAAUAGCGCACAACUUCAUGUCAAAGAAAAUAAAAGCAGACAAAAUGAAAGAAGGAUGAGCCAACAUUUAAAAACAGCACUCAAAGCUGAACUAACACGAUUUUUUAAAUAACAAGACAAAUUCCAUGUGCAAUAGGUGGUGCCCUGUUUAAAUGUUGCUCAGGUGUAUUCUGUUCUAAAUGUGUGUAAAUAUAACAGGAAAACAAGCAGAAUUUAAGCUUGGUUUUGAGGGGAAGAAGAAGAUGAUGAUAACAAACCUGAAAUAUGUAUUCAAUCUAAUGCCUUAAUCAGCAUUUUUUCAGACUCAAGAUUGUAUUCCCUGGUGUCUGAUGUGGUUUUUAGAAGCACAUGGUGGGCAUACAGUGUAAAAAAUAAGCGACUAAUAAGGAGACUUACCGUGUGAGUCGUGGAAAUCACAAAAAGUUAAUGAUAGGAACAGAGUUAAAGAAAAUAUAAAAGAAACAGUCAAUUUGCACUGAAAUCUGAUCAUUUUCAGCAGAAUGUGUCAGUUCAGUUAUUCUCUGAUCAACGCUUCUUUUAUCUUUCAAUUUUUGUGGUCCCCACUGCUCACAGAAAACUGGUGUUCCUUGUGCAGUGACAGUAUUAGGGAUGGCCCUCCAGUGUUAAACAAACUGCUUUGGUCAGUUUAAACGUUCCACUGACUGAUAACCACACUUCAUUUCUUGUUUGCUGACAAAUUUACAGACUGACUGAAAUACGAUUUUCCACAUAAAUGUUGUGCAUUUAUGCAAGUGAUACAAAAGAGCUGCUUAUUUUAUAGAUUCAAGGUUAGAGUCUUGUGAUAAUUGAAGCUCCAGUUACUGUUUUUGCUUUGCUUUUAAAGUGAUCUGCUGCCCAUACUGUUCUGAACAUCUGAUAACAGACUACUACUUACUGCCAUAAUUGCUAUUGAUUAACAUAGAAAUAGAAGCAGAUGGAUAAAGACGGAUGCGUUGUAUUUUGAAGAAUCUAAUACCAAGAACAAUGUUGAGUUGUAGGUUGUGGUGUUGGUAUAGUGCCCCCCUGUGGUCAAAGUAUUGUAUUACCUCUGUGAAAUGCAGAGUGCAGUCAGAUGGGGAUAGAAGGCAUUCCCUUCUUAAAUAUUUGUUUGGCCACGCCGUAGUUAUGAUAUUCUGCUCAAAGUGUGCCAAUUGUGAGAACUUUCCUCUGGUUUCAGCAACAAAGUUUUUGCUAACUUGUACCAUAAAUGUGGGUGGGGUUUUGCAAAAUAGGGGUUGAAAUGAGGUAGAGCCAGUUGUAUAUUUCUAUCCAUUUGUUGCCAUGAAAGCAAGAGAAAAAAAAUGCAAAAAAGAAAUUUUAAUUGGCCCAAGAAUUUGAAACAAUGUGCUGCACAAAGCAAAAAAUAUUUGAUUGUACCUUUGGGCUUGCUUUUUAUUCAAAAGUAGUGCUUACCUCAUUUUUGUACCUCAAACCUUAUAUGAACCAUAGAGAUGGAGAGUUCUGAACCAGGAUGGAUCAUGUACCAAGUUCGUAGUGGUUAUCUUUGAUUCAUCUCUCUUUGAUAAAACAACACAUUGGGAGCUAUAUUUAAUAUUCCCUGUUUUUUGUGAAUUAACAUUUUUAGAAAGUAUCUGGUACGCUUCUUUGUCUCAUGCCAUUUGCCAUAAUUUGUACAUAUAAAUAUAUUUUGUAUUUAUGUUCCAUUUGAGGACAUGAAUAUGUCCCUUCAUGCUUUUAAUAAAAUGUUUCAGAUGUUU